UCUAUCUCCAGCCCUCACCACCCCAAGACCUCUCCUCUCUACUCGACGCCAUGCUAUCGCGAAGCUCCCAGCGGACGGCGCAGACCCUCCUGCGGGGCGCAAAGCCUGCUUCACGAUGUGCUACCGGACCUUCAAUGGCUAUAAGAUCAAUGGCCACGAUUCAGCACGACAUCUUCAAGCCUACCAAAUUUGGCGGCAAAUACACCGUUACCCUGAUCCCAGGUGACGGUAUCGGUGCUGAGGUCUCAGAAUCGGUCAAAGAAAUCUUCAAGGCAGACAAUGUCCCGAUCGAAUGGGAACAGGUCGAUGUGUCUGGUGUCGAGACUGGCGAUAAGCACUCGGAAGAUCUUUUCAGGGAGUCAAUUGCAUCUCUGAAGCGGAACAAGCUCGGGCUGAAGGGUAUCUUGCAUACACCUGUCGAGAGGUCUGGUCACCAAUCGUUCAACGUUGCUCUCCGUCAAGAACUCGACAUCUACGCCUCCAUCGUCCUCAUCAAGAACAUCCCUGGAUACGAAACCCGCCACAAGAAUGUCGAUCUUUGCAUCAUCCGAGAAAACACCGAAGGUGAAUACUCUGGUCUGGAGCAUCAAUCCGUCGCUGGCGUGGUCGAGUCACUAAAGAUCAUUACUCGGGCUAAAUCUGAACGCAUUGCCAAAUUCGCGUUUGCCUUUGCUCUAGCCAACAACCGGAAGAAGGUCACUUGCAUUCACAAAGCCAAUAUCAUGAAACUUGCCGAUGGUCUGUUCAGGAAUACCUUCAAGAAGGUCGCCGAAGACUACCCUACCUUAGAAACCAACGACAUGAUUGUGGACAAUGCUUCUAUGCAGUGCGUCUCCAGGCCACAACAGUUUGAUGUCAUGGUCAUGCCUAACCUUUACGGAGGCAUCUUGUCCAACAUUGGCGCCGGCCUUGUGGGUGGACCCGGAAUCGUACCUGGGUGCAACAUGGGACGGGACGUUGCAGUCUUCGAGCCCGGCUGCCGUCACGUCGGUCUCGAUAUUAAGGGCAAGGAUCAGGCUAACCCAACCGCUCUUCUUCUCUCUGCAUCCAUGUUGUUGCGCCACCUCGGACUGGACGACCAUGCCAACCGUAUUUCCAAGGCUGUCUACGACGUCAUUGCUGAAGGUAAAACGCGAACACGUGACAUGGGAGGCAACUCCACCACCCACGAGUACACUCGUGCUGUUCUCAACAAGAUGGAGACAUCAGCAUAAGUUUUUCAGUGUUUAUAGACUAUGACUUGGUGAGGACUUGACUUGAAGAGUAUGUGCCAUAGAUGUACUUCUAGCGUAUAUAGGGGGAAAUGCAUGCAUUGGUCUUUCACUGCCGACCCAUUUUGACAAUCGAACGUCCCGCUGAACUAUGUAGCCCUUACGCCAAUCCCAACACUACCAGUCUCGAAAAGCUCGACCAGGCCAGCUCCAACACAUUCCUCCAAGAUCCAUUCGAAUCUUAUUCCGUUGAGUUGUCUCCACUUCUUCGUGCGCCCUGGGAGAACGCCCGUGAACUCUCCUCU